AUGACAACUUCACUAGGCGGCCUGUUGGCGCGCCUCGUCACGGUGUUGUUCAUCAUCCAAGUUACCCAGGCAAAGACCGUGACCUAUGAUUUCAAUGUGACUUGGGUCAAUGCCAAUCCGGAUGGUCUGCACGAGCGCCAAGUGGUUGGUAUCAAUGGACAAUGGCCUCUCCCCGUCAUUGAGGUCGAUAAAGGCGAUCAACUCGUGGUAAACAUGUACAAUGGUCUGGGAUCGCACAGUACCUCCAUUCAUUUCCAUGGCAUGUUUCAAAACUCGACCAACAACAUGGAUGGCCCGUCCAUGGUGACUCAGUGUCCCGUUGUCCCCGGCGCUUCCAUUACCUACAAUUUCACGGUCAAUCAAAAUGGUACAUACUGGUACCAUUGCCACACCGAUUUCUGUUACCCGGAUGGGUACCGUCAAGCACUCAUUGUCCAUGACAAGGACUCGUACUUCAACGACAUGUACGAUGAGGAAUACACACUCACCAUGAGUGACUGGUACCAUGAAAUGGUCAGAGACAUCCGAUUCAUCGAUAAAACCAACCCAACGGGUGCAGAGCCGAUCCCGGAUGCGUUCUUAGUCAACGACACCCAGGGCGGCGUGAACCUUCCCAUGAAGCCUGGCAAAACCUAUCUUCUCCGGUUGGCCAACGUGGGUGCGUUUGUAGCACAGUAUUUCUAUAUCGAAGAUCACACUUUCCAGAUCGUCGAGAUUGAUGGUGUCUAUACUGAGCCUAAGGAGGCGGACAUGUUGUAUAUCUCUGUCGCACAACGAUACGCGAUCCUUGUCACGGCCAAGAAUUCAACCGAGAAGAACUAUCCCAUGGUCACCGUGGCAGACUCGGUGCUGCUGGACAACAUCCCUUCCAACCUGCAACUCAAUCAUACCAACUGGCUGGAGUACAACAAGACCGCUGAGCACCCGCAGGCUGUGAUGCCCGUGGAGGUUGCCUCUGACCUCGACCCGGUCGACGACAUGACUCUCAUUCCCCACGAUCGGGAGGAGUUGCUCCCAGAGGCUGAUAUGGUCCUUAAUCUGACCGUGGCUAUGGUCAACUUCGACGAUGGCGCCGGCUAUGCCGUGAUCAACGAUAUCUCCUACACUAAGCCCAAAGUACCUACUUUGUACACCGUCAUGUCCUCCGGUGAUCUGGCCACCAAUGCCGAGGUCUACGGCGAUUUCACCCACUCUAUGGUGCUGGGCCACAACCAGGUCGUCGAGAUCAUUCUCAACAACCUGGAUGGCGGCUCUCAUCCUUUCCAUUUACACGGACACAAUUUCCAGCUUGUCGAUCGUGCUCCUUCCUAUGGAAGUCAUUUCUAUGACUACCAGGACACCAACCCUGUGUUCUACGAUCCCAACAACCAUACAGAGUUCCCCAAGUAUCCCGCUCGCCGAGAUACGUUUGUCCUCCCACCCCACGGCUAUUUUGUUGUCCGCUUCGUUGCCGACAACCCGGGAGUCUGGCUGUUCCACUGUCACAUUGAUUGGCAUUUGGAGCAAGGUCUGGGCAUGACCUUUGUUGAGGCACCUAGGCAGAUUCAGGAACGAACGACCAUCCCUCAGAAUCACUACGAUGUCUGCAAGGCAGCUGGAGUGGAGUGGACAGGCAAUGCCGCCGGCAACACACAAAAUUAUCUGGAUCUGUCCGGACAGAACAAGCAAAAGGACUGGCUACCCGCAGGGUUCACCACCAAGGGUAUUGUAGCCCUGGUCUUUUCCUGCGUGUCAGCCUUCCUUGGAAUCGCAGUCAUCACAAUGUACGGUGUGUCUGGGAUCAAGGACACAAAGAAGAAACCGGUCACGCAACGUUCAAACGAGGCCGCGUCCACAGACAGUGUCCGAACUUAA